GCCUCAUGUCGUACUCGUACUCUGACCACGGCCGCGGCAACAACGGGGACUACUACUCGUACUACUACUCGGAUGAGGAUGUGAACGCGAAGAAGUUGGCCGAGGCGACGCGGGCCAAGACUGUGUCGAAGAACGAGCGCGGGUCAUCGCGGGCAAGCAAGGGCGCGUCGCAGCGGCAGUCGUCGUCGCGGGCUGCGGGCAAGUCAAGCUCGGCGCGCAAGUCGUCGUCGCGGGCCGAGCCGCGGGCGUCGUCGUCGCGGCAAAAGUCCGAGAGCAAGCCCCGGCCGCCGUCGGAGCUGAACCAGCCGCGGGCCUCGUUCCGCGAGACUGUCUCGUACGGUCGCACCGAGGGCGCGGCCGAUGCGGCCGAGCCUGCAGAGAAGAAGGCCAAGUGCAAGAAGCCUGUGAUCAAGACGCAAGCUGAGGACGGGACCACUCUGUACUGUGGCACCACUGGCUCGGACUGGAUCAAGGUCCUCAUCUCGCUCGGCCUGCUGUGGACCUUUAUGGCCAUCUACUUCUGGUUCCUCUUCACCGUUUUCCUCGCCGUCGAGUUCCCCAACGAGUUGUAACCAACGUCAGAUUGAACCGAUCCUAUCUGUG